GUGGUAUUUUCUAAUUUACAGGGACAAAUCAAAAUUAAAUCGGUGAAAAAAGCUGCUAAACAAAUAGUUGAGAAGUACUAUGUGUAUCUGAACGAGGAUUUCUACCACAACAAGAAGGUAGUGUCGGAUUUUACGGAGAUUCAGACAAAAAAGACCCUGAACAAGGUGACCGGUUACGUGACGCAUUUAGUUAAGCUGGUGUUGAAGGGAACAUCUAAGGGUUUAUACAUCAAGAAGCACGAAGAGGACAGAGAGAAAAAGGAAGGAUAUCUUCCUAAAACGAGUUUGUUGGACUCCGACAAGGUUCUGGUUGAUUCGGUGACUAUGGAAAUGAUAAAUUCUUACGGAUUUGAGGGCAAUUUUAUUGAGCGCGGAAAGAACGAAGCUGAAGUUGCACAAGCGGAAAGUAAUUAAAGGAAAAUAAAUGGUGA